AUGACUGAGACUGAUGCGAGCAAGCAACCUUUGGAAAUACCAGAUUUUUUUCUUCCUUACUUGGAAAGAUAUAGAAUUUAUAAACUUUUUAAGGAUAUGAUACAAGAUUUAGUAAUAAAUCUGCCGAAAGAUCAUCUCAAGCAUAUGAAAAUAUUUCUCGGACGACACCUACACUGCUCCAAGGAUGUUGACAGAGUCAUCUUACUGGUUUCACCGGAGCUUCAUAUUGAUGUGAAUCGAUUAGCAAGGGAUAUGAUAAAAGAUUUCGGAUACUUCGUUAUCACUCGACGCUGCGUAAUGGACCGAUACGAGAAACACGAUAAGUACGUGACUGGAUGUGUUUCUCCUGUCCUGUUGUCCGAAGUCACGAAAAUGAUGACAUCGAGAGAUCCUGUACCGCAAGCAGGGUGGCUUAUGUUUGACCAUCCUUGUACACUGCAAGAGGCGCGCUGUCUACAACAAGAUGGCAUAUUGCCUACUGUUACUUUGGUUCUAACUCCACCAUCACCGGCUGCUCCGAAAGCUGUCGACCCUCGCACUCCAGCGAGGUCAUUCUUUCAACAAGACUUUGAAGGACUUAAGUUAGCUUACAAAGCUACCUUAAAGGAAGUAUACAUCGAGUCAGAAGAUAGUCCCGAGAAGAUAUUAACGAAGUGCUCGAACGCGAUCAACGCUGCGGCCGCAGGGGCACAAGGUCCGGGGCGUGGGCUACAUGCAUGGGGCGCUCCCGGCGUCUACCGUGUGCUAUUAGUUGGACCUCGAGGUUCAGGCCGCAAAACGCAAGCGAUUGCGGCCGCUAGACACUUUGAUAUAGUUUAUUUGAAUUUCGAGGAACUUUUCAAGCAAGCAGAAGUUAGAAAUGACGAGAUCGGUGAAAAAAUGCGGAAGUUUGGCACGAGCGUUCGUAUGAAAGCAGAGAUCGUGAAACGUCGCAUUGCUCAAAAAGAUUGCAUUGAUCAUGGUUGGAUACUCACCGGAUAUCCUUCAUCCGGAGAAGAUUUCGAAUAUUUAGAUCGAAUGCCUACUCCUCCUAAUCGCAUAAUAUUCUUGAACACGGAUUGGGAGGUGUGCAAGGCACGAACGAUGGCCCGCGGCGUGGACUACUGCACGGGGCGGGAGGCGCCGCCCGGCUCCGGGCCGAGGGUGAUGUCUCCGUCGCGUGAAUUCGAGAAAUUGUUGGAUGCUGAGUUAGAUACUUAUUUUUCUGAAAACCUAGCGGAACUCAGAGCUUACGCCGGUAUCACAGCAGUUGAAAUAGACGGCAAUAAAACCAUUGAUCAAGUUCAAGUAAAAGUGCAAGCAGCUAUAAUGGCAGCCCCUAGCAUUAAUAUUGAAUGUUGCUCACAACUUCGAAACGUGCGCGCUGACGAGCUAGCUUUGUAAUUCAAAAGGUAUAAAUAAAAUACAUUGUUCAUA